AGGCAGUAAUCCGGUGAAGCGCUUCAUUCAUCUCCCUCACCGAGGAGACUAAGUAGUCCCGCGUCCUGACUGUCACGCAGAACCUUGCUUCUCCGUGGUGGGCUUCUUUACGGCAGGUGGGGGCUUACCGUGCGCUCCUGACGCACAGCAUGUAGGCGCAACGCGGCGGAGCGCACUUCUCUCCAAGAAAAGUUAGAGGGAUGUUACCGUGGUGUGAGCUGGUGCGGUGGUAGGAUGGCAGCGACGGAGGGAUGGCAGCUUUUCACCCUCGUCACCACAAACUCUUCAGCCACCACCACCUCCACCCGCCCGGUGCCGACCUGCGCCGGCUCUUCCACCGCCUCACCAUCGCUUCCUCUCUGAGCAUCAUCUGCUUUUCGCUGGUCUACCUCCUCACCGGAUGCUGCGAGUCUGAGCUCACAGAGAACUCUGAGGCCAAGGCCUCUCCACGCGACUUUCUGGUCACGGGAUCGGGAUGGCCCUACGGGAGGAACGGAACGGACCCAGUGGGAGAGGGCGCGCUCGGCAGCGGCUACCCCAGCCUGGAGAAUAGCUCUGGGAAGGCCUGGACGGCCACGCGGAAGCUGCCCCAGGCGCUGAUUAUUGGGGUGAAAAAGGGGGGCACCAGGGCUCUGUUGGAGUUCCUGAGACUCCAUCCGGACAUCCGAGCCCUGGGGUCCGAGCCGCACUUCUUUGAUCGGCAUUACGCACGGGGUCUGAACUGGUACAGGAGUAUGAUGCCCAAAGCACUUGAAGGCCAGAUAGUCAUGGAGAAGACGCCUCGUUACUUUGUUACAGUGGACACACCCCAGAGAGUCCACUCCAUGUCGCCCGAUGUGAAGCUGAUUGUGGUUGUUCGUGACCCCGUGACUCGAGCCAUUUCUGACUACACACAGAUCAUCUCAAAGGCCCCCAACAUUCCCUCGUUUGAGAGCCUGGCUUUCAAAAACCACACUACAGGUCUGAUUGACUCCCUGUGGAGUCCGCUGUGGAUUGGCUUGUAUGCCCAGCACAUGGAACACUGGUUGGCAUGCUUUCCACGGACUCAGAUCCAUCUUGUCAGUGGAGAGAGGCUCAUCUUAGACCCGGCUGGAGAACUUGGUAAAGUCCAGGACUUUCUAGGACUUCAGAGGAUAGUUACGGACAAGCACUUCUACUUCAACAAAACCAAAGGCUUCCCAUGCCUGAAGAAGCCAGAGGGCAGCAGUAAGCCUCACUGCCUCGGGAAGACAAAAGGACGGGCACAUGUCUCCAUAAACCCAAAGGUGGUUCUAAGGCUUAGGCAGUUCUACAAGCCUCACAAUCAGCGCUUCUAUCAAAUGGUUGGACAGGACUUUGGAUGGAAGUAAUCUUUAAGUGCAGAGCAAGAAGCUUGUUGAUGCAAAUCCAUGUGAAUCUUCCUUCUAACUGAGUGAGAAUACACUCAGAGAGCCAAUCAUGCCUCUGACCAGCCAAGCAGCAUCUCAUGGGCAUCAGACCCACGUCCGUCACAAUUUAUCCAAGCCAUUGAGCCAAUCGAUCAUCUCGAUCAAAUACGUGAAAAAUAACAUGUUCACUUGUACAAUAUGGUUCAUUAAAAUAUUUUGUUGUAGACUUUGCAAUGAGGGUGAGGUUGUAAUGAGGGGUGACAACCGAGUAGCUUUUAGCAAUUUAAUCCUGACUCACAAUCAAGGAACCCGGAAAUUCCUGCGUCAUCACAUGCUUGAAUUUGCUUAUUUAAAUUCACCUGUUUGAUUUUCAGCCUGAGUCAGACCCAGUCAGAGCAUUCACAAAAAGAACUGUCCUGCAAGUGUUGCAUCCAGGAAGGGUGAUGACACUUUCAUGUGGUGAGGAAGAGAGUCUUUUUAUGCGCUCAGAUCUGCCUGAGUGGUUUGUAUUCCUGAAUAAUGAAUGUGCUUAAAUGGAUGUAGGAGGAGCUGGUGUAGAUCACUUGGGUCCUUUGUAUGCUGUGCUAAGGUUAGCAUCCAGUGGUAAAUCCAGACCCUGCUUUAAGGACAGGAAUGGGAGCAUAUGAGGAGAACAAGAUUAAAAACUAAAAAUUAUUACAGGGAAGUCUGACCAAUCAUUAACCUUGUCUGAAGCAUUCAUGGUUCUACUCAAAUGUUUGGAUCUUCCUAUGUUUUCCGUUUGCAUGUGUUUGCACUAGUUUAAAAUAAAAAUAAAAUU